UUGUCAAAUCUCCGAGACGGAGGCUACGAGGACUGUGCAGAUGAUGAUGAUGAUGAUGAUGAUGAUGAUGAGAGGAGUGGCAGCCUAAACCGAACUUCCCCAAGUGACGCGCCCGGGCGCCGCUCCUCCCCGUUAACAGGAAAAAUUUCAAGCGAGAAGUUUGUGUCAUGGAAGCUCUGGACGGGUAGAAAAGUCCCUGGUUCUCGCCUCCUGUCCCGGCAUCAUGACGCCGCCGACGCGCUGGUGCGUCUCUCUGUGGACUCUGCUGCUCCUCUGCGCUCUGCUCCAAGACCAGGGAUUAUAGGAAAUGUCCAAGCUACAUCAGAAACAUCCACCAUCUCCAUCAACUGGACUUCACCUGAUGGUCAAGUUUUAAGAUAUAAAGUAGACUGGGACAACAAUUCAAGUUUCACAGAUCGCACCUCCAUCACACUUUUCUAUAUGUUUCCUGGUACUCUCUAUACCAUAAACAUCACUGCCAUUGCUGGAGACAAUAAGACGAAAGGAGAGCCCUACACCUUUGAAAAAGUCACCAAACCCGAGAAGCUUACCAGUCUCAGCGUGACUGGCGUCUCCACAUCAUCUGUGUCACUAAGCUGGGAAAAACCAUACGGCAAUGCAGACCAUUACAAAAUUCAGUGGAGCUCGAAAGAUAAUAGCCUCACCAACAAUUACACACAAAACACCUCCUAUACCAUCAACAGUUUAGUCCCUGGAGUCUCAUACAACAUUACAGUGACUGCCGUUGCCUUGAAGUCAGUUGAGGGCGAAACAGUCUUCAUAAAUUCCUUCACAAGACCUGCAAAGCCUCUGGAUCUUACCUUAACAUCACGGAGAACUGACUUCAUGGCGUUCACCUGGACUUUGCCUGAAGGAGAGAUUGAGCAUUACAUCGUGAACAUCUCCAAUGCAGAUCUGCCCUAUAUGAAUUGGACAGAAACAAAGACCCGCUCAGCGAACUUCUCCCUUUUAUAUCCGGGAAGACUUUAUAAUUUGACAGUGACAGCUGAAGCUGGAAAGUUCUCCAGCACAUCUGAUGAGCUUUCGUUUGCCACUGUUCCCAAUCCCCCUGGUUCCCUCGUCAUCAGUAACAGGAUGAACUCUUCACUUAUGCUGGAGUGGACGACCCCAGUAAAGAUGGAACAUGCUUCUGGGAUUAAGUACGUGUUUAGUUACACAGACACCAACGAUUCUAAUGAGACAAAAAAUGAUGAGUCCGAAGGAAAUGCCAGACAGCUUCGUCUAGGUGGACUCAAGUCUGGAACCCUCUACAACAUAACCAUCGCCACCAUUGGACCACACGAUUUGCAAAGCAUGCUUAUCAGUAAUUCAUCUUUCACUUUGCCAAACCCAGUGGAGAUUUUUGGAGCCUCCCCCAUUUCCACAACUUCAAUAUCAGUAAACUGGACAGAACCACUGGGCGCCAAGUCUCAUUACGUGUACUUGGUUAAAACUUAUAACGAGACAGGAGCACUUCUUGACUCCCAGAGUGUCAAAAAUACCAGAGUAGAGGUGAACGGACUUCAGCCAGGAUCUAAAUAUAUUAUCAAGGUUACAGUAAAAGCCGCGGAUGGGGCUGAAUCCAUUUCUGCGUCAACAUCCUGUUACACGUGGCCCAAAACGGUGACCAACUUAGAAGGAGCAUACGUGAACACAACAGCCAUCAAGUUGACUUGGGCAAGACAGAGCGAUUAUAAACCCUCCUAUGUCUACGAGGUGAAAGCAUUCGAUGGUCCUCUGGAGAUUCGGAAUGGUUCAACAGAACAGGAAUCGUACACCUUCUUUAGUCUGAACCCUGGAACCCUGUACACUUUUUAUGUGUACACAGUCAUUGAAGGGGUCUUAUCCACAAAUAACAGCACACAAAUAUACACAAUUCCAGGUCAAGUUUCUGGUGUCAUAGCCAUAGGAACCACAACAAGCCUGACAGUGAGCUGGAACAAGGCACCAGGGCAGGUAUCCUCAUAUUCUGUCUGCCUGCGCGAAAACUACAGUCAGUGUCAAGGAAAUCUGAGCAAGGACACCACCAGCACAGUGUUUACGAGCCUAACACCAGGAGUACAUUACUGCGUGGUGCUGGUGACCAGAAGUGGACCUGUUCAGAGUAACAAUGUAACUCAAUGCAAUGCAACUUUUCCCAACCCUCCUGGCCCCAUCACAGUGGCUUUUGAGACUGUCAACUCCAUUAAUUUUACCUGGGAACGUCCUGAAAACAUGGGCCAUGAUCAGUACAACUUCACUGUGUCGAGUGGUGCGGCGAAUAAUCUGACUGGGAACAACUGGUUCCUCUUGGAAAACCUCCUGUCAGGAAGCCCUUACUCAAUCUCUGUUAUUACUAUUGGUGUGUGGGGCUAUACGAGCACAGAAGUAACGGCCGAGAACUACACAAAACCAUAUGCUGUAACCGAGCUGAAGCAGACAGAAAUAACAACAAAUUCAGUCACCUUGGUCUGGGAACAAAGAGAGAGCAAAACAUCCUACUCGUAUGAGGUCCAUGUUGCUGACAAGCCCCCUGCAAAAGUGGUAAACAUUACUGGGGCAACAGUUCUUGACCUUCGGUCUGGAAGCAAUUACAGCUUCACUGUUACCACGCUGACAGCAGAUGGCACUCGAGCAGAACCUGCGACAGUUUCCUACUUCACACGGCCACUCAGAGUCAAAGAGUUGCAGGCUGUGACCUUAAACACAACUGCAAUUAACCUCACAUGGAAAGAGCCAGAGGAGUACAAAGAGGAAUACAGAUAUUUUGUGCAGACAACAGGCUGCGCCAUCCAAAACCAAACCAUGGCAGAGAAAAACUCUUUAGUCGGAGGACUCACCCCCGGAACAAACUGCACCUUCUGUGUGUCUGUGAAGGCAGCUGAUGGCAUCAAAGGGGAGGAAUACUGCACCUCUCAGUACACUAAGCCGGAGACGGUGGAGCCCAGCAUCUCCAGUCACGGCUCUAAUAGCUCAGUCCAGGUGUCAUGGACCAAACCUCCUGGAAAUAUAGAGAGAUAUAAAGUUUCCCUUAACAGCACCACCAACAUGAUCUAUACAGAAGAGCUUAAUUCCUCAACUUAUUUCAUCCUGUUUCCCAACCUGUCAGCUGGAACGCUUUACAGUGUUAAGUUGAGCACAUUCAGUGGACCCUUUGGCGCAUCAUCUGAAUAUGUUACUAAUGCAACGUUCCCUAACCCUCCGGGACUGAUUGAGAUCCUGAACAAAACGACAAGUGCCAUUGAAUUUAGAUGGGAAGAAGCCCCUCUAAUGAGUGGUGGAUCGUUCCACUAUCAACUGACUUACACACCACGCCAGAGUGGGAGCGACAGUACCAUCCCUGGGACCACAACCAGUUACAGAUUUUCCUCACUGCUGUCUGGGACUUCCUACAACAUUUCUGUGAAGAGCGUUGGACCGAUGAAUUUUGAGAGCGAGAGUGUUCACAGCAGCAUGGUGACCACGCGACCACAUAGCGUGGGGGCUGUUGCCGCCAUUCCAGCAGAGACAACGAUCGAAGUCACAUGGACUAAGCCUGAUGAGUAUAAGAGCAGCUACCGUUACAACGUGACCUGGGAAAGCCCAGACGGGAGCAUCAGCAGCAACAUGACUAGUACAAAUUCUCAUGUCAUCAGUGACCUGAUACCUGGCAGCCCAUAUAAGAUCAGGGUCACCACAGAGACCUCUGAUGGAACCCAGGGGGCAUCAGAAAGGGUUAACAACUGCACACAUGCAAGCCCCGUAACAGAUUUGACAUGUCGCGGACCAAACUCACCAAAUGCAGUGCUCAUUUUGUCCUGGGAAAGACCCUCUGGCCAGAGCUCUCAUUUCCAAGUUUCUGUAGAAAACAACGGACAGACCAACGUGUUGAACGCCUCGUGUUGCAACCAUAAUGUUUCCCAGCUUCACCACUACACUGAAUACAAUGUCAAUGUGAAAACUCAAAGCUGUGGACAUCCGAGCAGUCCUGUAUCUCGUAAAUGCUGGACCGGCAUCACAAAGCCACCCAUUCCUGCAAAUUCUUCCCUUCUAAGCUUACCAAUUCAUGUAUCACACAAUAAGUUCACUGUUCAGAUUGAUCGAGAACUGCUAAACGAAGCGAACGGAAGGAUUACACAUGUUGGGGUCCUCGUAGCAAGCGCUGUUCCUGGUGAUUCUGAUUUGACAGGCUACUUGGGAAAAACACAUCAGGAAUGGAGAAAAAAAUCCGCUAAAGCAUACCUUGCAACAGUCAUCGAAACCACCCCACAGUCACGAAGCAGUAACGAUCAUCUGCUCAUCGAAAUAGGAACUGAAAAAACAUGGAUGGGCUACACCAACGGUGCACUGGACCCCAGCGGAUCUUAUCACUAUGCCAUUGUGAUGUUCACCCAUCUGAAGUUAAACAAUAACCUUGUGAAUGGCGAGGACUCGCUGGUGUCCAUAACUGACUUUGAUGAAGUUGUUAUACUGUUGAGAGACCCAAACAUCAUUCCAAUGGCUGUCGGAGUCACUUUGGGAAUAUUUGGAAUUCUCUUCAUCAUCCUCAUGGGCUUUAUUAUCUACUGGAGAAGAUUUUCCAAAAAAGAGGCUCCAGACAUCCAGAUUGGUUCACUGAGAGUUUAUUUGAUCUGGGUUGUUGGUCUGAACAGGAGUGCAGCUGUGAGGGUGGAAGACUAUGAGGUGUACUACAGGAAGCAGAAAGCAGACUCCAACUGUGGAUUUGCAGAAGAAUUUGAGGAUCUCAAGCCUGUCGGCACCAGUCAGGCAAAGACACAUGCGCUGUCUUUGGAGAACAAGCCUAAAAACCGCUACAACAACGUGCUUCCUUGUGAGUUACCGACCUCGUUCAAACCCAACUUUGAUGUUUUCUGUGGCUGGUUUGGCCUUUUUUUCUGGCAGGGUUACCUCUCCAGGAAGGAGUUUAUAGCAGCUCAAGGUCCUUUGCCCGGAACAGUCGACGAGUUUUGGAGGAUGAUCUGGGAGAAGAACGUUCAGACUCUAGUCAUGCUGACACGAUGUAAUGAACAGGGACGAGUCAAAUGUGAGCAGUACUGGGUGCCCGGCACAAAGCACUUUGAAGACAUCACUGUGACAACAACCUCAGAAAUACCACUUGAUGACUGGACUAUCAGAGACUUUGAUGUUAAAAAUGUGAAAACAGCAGAGGUCCGUUCAAUUCGUCACUUCCACUUCACUGCCUGGCCAGAUCACGGGGUCCCAGAAACCACAGAGCUCCUCAUCAGCUUUAGACAUUUGGUCAGGGAGCACAUGAACCAGUACUCGAGAAACUCUCCCACUGUGGUCCACUGCAGUGCUGGUGUGGGGCGCACCGGCACCUUCAUAGCCAUCGAUCGAUUGAUCUUCCAAAUCGAGAGGGAAAAUACCGUGGACGUGUUUGGCAUUGUUUAUGACCUACGAAUGCACAGGCCCCUGAUGGUGCAGACGGAGGACCAGUAUGUCUUCUUGAACCAGUGUGCCCUGGAUGUCAUCCGGUCGAGAACAGGGAACAACGUGGAUCUAAUCUACCAAAACACAGCCGCACUCUCCAUUUAUGAGAAUGUGGAACCAAAAAAGGGUUUUCCCAGAAAUAAAUAUUAGAUUAGAUAGAGUUGUUCAGCUCUUCCAUCCCUCUUCCUCAUUAAAAACAAGGAACAGAGCAGGCACGUGAAAAGGGAAGGGCUUUCACAGAUCUCAAUGCUGUAUAUAUAUGUAUGUUUUUACCAGUCACAGAUAUUAGUUCAAAAUGAUCCAAACUUCUAGUGCCUCUACUUACAUGUAUUUAUUUGCUUUUUUAAAAAGUUGAGUGUUUGAUUUUGGAAUAAAUGUGUGGCAGUGCAGUAGUGGAUAAUGUCACAGGCAAAAUUGUGGUUAAGAUAUAGUUCUUCCUUGAUACUGCAUACUUUUGCAUUCCUGAAAAUUUUUUAUUGCUUCCUACUGUAUGUGAUUCAUUAAGAUGACUCUCUUUUACUCAGGUAUCUUUCUGGAUGCUGUAUAGAUAGUUUUUUUUAGAAACAUUUAAUGAAAACAAACUUUGGAUCUGCAUAAAAUAAAUGCUGGUGUAAAUAAUGUGUGCCUGACAACAACCUGUAGGCUUUCAACACCAACAGGUGGCACACUUCUGUUUUCUUCUUCUUGAUGAAGAAUAGGGACUAUACGAUGUUGUUGCAGGAAACUUAAAUUAUGCCUUAUUAUGUUAUUUUUGCUUGACUAACAGUACACCAGUAUGAACUGUGCAAUGUUUUUAUUGAAGAGGUGUUUAUGUUUGAGUCUAUUUUAUAUGCACUGCAAUGUGAAUAAUGCACUGGAUGCAUUUUUUUCUUCCACACCGUCCACUUUAAACAAAAGAGAUGUUUUGUUGUUUUUUUCCCUUAUCUGUAGUGUUUAUCACAUUUUGGCCAGUUCUUAACAAAGUGGAAUAUUUUACUAGUCAUCUAUCAUUUGAUUGCUCGGGAAUUGAAUAUAACUUAGAAUUGUCUUAUUUCACCAGCCUAAAUCUUAAACUGUUGCUUUCAUUGUUUUCUUUGAUUGAUGUUUGUCGUUUCUUUGUACAUUCCUCACAGAAAGUGUAAUGCUGUGUUACUUCCUGCUUCAUAUCGGAUCCGACUGUGGUCAUUUCCUGUGAUUUUACGAUUGUCCGCAAAGUACAGGCAUUAUUUUCAGCUUCUAAAGCAAAAUAUUCCAUGAGGCAGGUACGCCUUUGUAAGUGAUUGUACUAGUUCAGGUUAUGUUCUGUUUUGUUUAUAUGAGUGUGUAGUUUAAAUGCUUGAAAGCACUUAUGUUUUAAAUGACAAAUAAGAAUAGGAAACAGUUAAAUUUGUAUGAUGUUUUUAAAUACUUUAUGAGAUGCUUGCUGGUUCAAUGCAAUUAUGUAAAAUGAGGCGGGAUUUUAAAAUGUUUAUGUAUCUCAGGCUAUCAACUUAAAUGGGAAAAAAGGAUGUUUAUAUCUUAUCGUAUCAAUCUCCUCUACAAGGAUUCAUCAGCCUUAAUAUAAUUAAAGCUUUAUUCUCUCAAUACAAUGUUGUCUGUGCAGUUAAUACUGUUGAAGCCCUACUGAACAAUUAUUUGACGAUAUGUUCAUUAUGCAAACUCUGUCAAAAGGAGAGAUCUAA